ACAUUGAGGAGUAUAACAGAAAGAGUAAGAGACUGAAGUAUUUUGUACGAAAUGAAGGGAAAAGAUUCCAAACUUUACAAACACGUAGUGCUAAGGAGACAGAAAUCGCCACCUUUUGUUAAAGAUUGGAGUAUAACUAACGCGCCUUGUUAUUGAGAACACAAAUUUAACACAGGUUCAUAGUAAACUGGAAAGAGUGGAGAGAAGGAUAAAAUGGAAAGUUAGAUUUGAAGUUGCAUCAGACCAAAAAAAAGGUUAAAGUGAAUUUGAACCUGGCAAUGGUAAGGACUUAUUCACAUCCCACCCCUCCCCUAGGAACACUCUUUGGAAACCCCAGUGCCUGCAGGACCCUUUGGCAGCUGGGGACUGGAAGCGGCGGAACCAAAGGCAGACGGUCCUCGGUUGCUGGGGCGGACGUGGGCCCAAUCUGUCCGUCCUCACAAGUUUCCCCCAGGGCUGGGACUUGGACUAGCGGCAAAUUCAGGUUCUCCGGCACCAUAGUGGUCGUCGCUGGCCCGAGUUAGAGGCCAACUGAGAAAUCUUCAUGCCUCAGAUUUGUUGAUCUACAGAAUGCUUCGAUCCCCAGAUUUUUAUAGGAUCUCUAAAAAUUUUCUUUCAUGCUGGUUGGAAUCUGGCAUAUUUAAUUUGGGUGUCUGGCCAAAAAAAAUACAUGCUACUGCAGAAAGAUCUAAUGAAUAUGAAGCCCAGGAGCAAACAGUUCAAACUGAAACUCAGGAAUUACACAGAUCUCAAGAUAGAGAUUCUCAAGCGAUGACUAAAUUACAUGUUCCAGUAAUGGUGGAUGAAGUCGUUCGUUGUUUGGCACCACAAAAAGGGCAGUGUUUUCUAGAUAUGACAUUUGGUUCAGGAGGACAUACAAAAGCCAUCUUGCAGAAGGAGUCAGAUAUUACUCUGUAUGCCUUAGACAGAGACCCAGCAGCUUAUGCAAUAGCUGAACAGCUUUCAAAAUUCUAUCCUAAACAGAUUCGAGCCAUCCUAGGCCAGUUCAGCGAGGCAGAAGCCUUACUAAUCAAAGCUGGAGUGCAGCCAGAGACUUUGGAUGGAGUCCUUUUGGAUCUUGGGUGUUCCUCCAUGCAACUUGAUGCCCCUGAAAGAGGUUUUUCCCUUCGGAAGGAUGGUCCCUUGGACAUGAGAAUGGAUGGUGACAGGUACCCUGACAUGCCCACCGCAGCUGAUGUUGUGAAUGCUUUAGAUCAACAGGCGCUUGCAUCCAUCCUGAGAACAUACGGGGAGGAGAAGCACGCCAAGAAAAUCGCUUCAGCAAUCGUUCAGGCACGCAGCAUCUACCCCAUCACCAGGACGCAGCAGCUUGCCAGCAUCGUUGCAGGUGCAUUUCCUCCCUCUGCUAUUUAUGCACGAAAAGACUUGCUACAACGACCUACUCAUAUUGCAACCAAGACUUUUCAAGCUUUUCGUAUAUUUGUGAAUAAUGAGCUCAAUGAACUUUACACAGGACUGAAGACAGCUCAGAAGUUUCUGAGACCUGGUGGUCGCCUUGUUGCCCUCUCCUUUCAUUCACUGGAGGAUCGCAUCAUCAAACGAUUCUUGCUUGGGAUAAGCAUGACAGAGAGGUUUAACCUAAGUGCUAGACAGAAGGUGAUACAAAAAUCACAGCUGGAUUCAGAUCUUGGAAAUAAGGAUGGAGUCUCUAUAGGAAAGGCCCCUUUAAUGUGGGAAUUGAUGCACAAGAAGGUACUUACUCCAGAACAUCAAGAUGUACAGGAUAACCCCAGAGGGCGCUCAGCUAAGCUUAGAGCAGCUAUCAAAUUAUGAGAAAGUUAUCAUCUGAUCCUUCAAGUUGUUCCUCACAGUUUCUCCUAAUGUUUUAAUGUGAUAAUCCUGAACAGCUUAAUAUAAGAAAGUGUGGGGUAUAUAUAGAAAAGUACGAUAUAUGUGUGGAAAUUGGGAGUAUUGAGCAUUUUUUUUCUCAAAAAGAAAAUAUAGGAAAUAUCAGCAUGACACAGAAAGUUUAAGUCAAGGAACAACAGCAUCUCAAAACUGGAAAAAUGUGUUCAUCUUAGCAUUAUAUUUGACAUCUGAAAUGCAGUCCUUUCUCUAACCAGGAAAUUUUUUAAAAAGAAGAAGGAGAAGAAUCUUGUGUAUUUAUCUAAAUAUGUAAAUUCAAGCUGUUAAAAGAGAUUAUAUCUGCAUGCCCAAAUUCUGAAUUUAGAUAUUCAGAUUUGUAACAAACUCUCUAUGGAUCAAAUACUUAAUUAUGAUCAUACAAUGAAUUUCAAUUUUCCUAUUUGGAGAUAAUUAAUUACUGCUCUAACUUUCUCAAAUAUAGGUAUUAUGCAAAUAUGAAAUUUUCAAGUAUUAUUUUUAAAAUGUAUCAUACUGAUAAAUUUCAUUAUUGAGAUUAGUGUUUAUUGUUUUCAAGGGAUUUUUCAGUACGAUAUAUGCCAUGUUUUCAUUAACUAAAAAUGCAGAAUUGCUUUAAUAGCCCUCACAGAGAAUAUUUCACACAACUUAUAUUUAAAAUCAGUCAUGUUUAUUUUAAUAAUAGCCCAGAACGCUUUUGAUAAAUAAUAAAAUCUCUCAUCAUUUGAAUUCUGCAUUUUUAAUUGAGUUAUUCAGAAUAAUUAAACCAAGUCUAUUUGAAAUGGAAAAGUAUAUGAUGUAUUCCAGAUAUUAAAAUUAGUGCACCUUUAAUUUUUUUUACUUACAUAUAAUAACUGUAAUUGUAUAAUGUUUAUUCAGGAGAAGUUCACUUGGUCAAGGAUUCUUUAACAAGUUUCUGAAAUUAAUUCAUAAUUCACAUAACUUUUAUAUGUAAAUAUGCACUACUAGUUAACUCAAUUAUUCAUCAAGUACUAAACUAGGCAGAAACAAAGGCAGUAAAAUAUGUCCUGUGGAGUUUAUAGUCUAGUGGAGGAGGGCAAUGGUAGAUAAAUAAUCACAAAAAUUUAUAUAAAAUUGACACAGUAGUAAGUGCUAUAAAGAAGCAGUACAAAGUAUCGUAAGUACAUCUAGUAGAGAUUUCAUCUACUGAAGGAAAUCAGGUCUGACCAUACGCUGCUUGGUUUACGACCAGGACGAUGAAUGAGAUGACAGUCAAAGGGUGGAUGGGCAUGCUGAUUAAAGGUGCAUGUAAACGAUUAUUUGCUUAUGUAGUUCCCUUUGAAGUCAUAUUUAUACUAUUAAUUUGCUCAGGAAACUAUUUAUUCAAAUACAGGAAAAAUUCACCUUCUCAAUUAUAUUACAGACUCUAAAUUUGUAAAUUUAGAAAUUCAAGUGAAUAAAAUAUCAACAUAACUCUAUGGACAAAAGAAUUAAUUGCUUGGAUUUACCUCAGAAUUUAUCUGCAUUAUCAGAAUUUAUCUAUUGCCUCUGCAAUAUUUCUCUUUAGUUCCCAAGUUUGUUUGCCACUUUUAAUUUAUAUGCUUUAUUCAAAUCUGAGCAAUUCUACAGUGAAACCAGAAUUAUAAAAUGUUCUAGAGAACAAUAUGCUCAAAUUAGAAACAAAAGAAUGUACCUAGCUUAAUCCUCUGAAUCCUUCCUGAAGAAUUUUGUAAGUUUCUCUGUAUGUCAGUCAUAUUUGUGAAUGAGAAAGAUUCCCAAAGUUCCCAUCUCUUGAAUAUCUGAUUAGAAAAUUAAAGAUCACAUCUAAUAUUCAACAGUGAUUCACCUAUUCAUCAAUCAUUUUUGCAUCCUAUAUAAUAUGGGAACUUUUUCAUUAAUGUUAAUUGGAAACUGACCAACUGGAUUAGAUGACAUCCCUCCAAAAUUCAUGUCCUUUCUAAAACCUCAAAAUGUAACUUUAUUUGGAACUACGGUCAUUGCGGACAUAUGUAGUUAAGGUGAGGUCACAUUGAAACAGGACAGGCCCUUAAUCCAAUAUGAUUGGUGUCCUUAUAAGAAGAGGAGAAGAGAGAUAGAGACAAGGAAAGAGUGCCACAUGGAGCUGGAGGCAGAGAUUGAAGUGAUAAAUCUGCAAGCAAGGGACAAUUGUUGCUGGCCACCAUAAGAAGAUAGGAGAGAAGCAUGAAAUGGAUUCUCCCUCCCUGUCUUUGGUUGGGAACUAACUCUGCUGGCACCUUGAUUUCAGAUUUCCAACCUCCAGAACACUGAGAGAAUAAAUUUCUGCUACCUUAUGCCACCCAAUAUGUGGUAAUUUGUUAUGGCAGCCCUAGGAAACUAAUACUGUGAAAAACAUCUUGAAUGAUAUGCAUGAAAAAAAUCCUGCUUCAGUAAACACAAAAUUUGUUUCAAAAUGUUGUAGUAUAAAAGUAAAUCAGCUAUUUUCUGUAAUUAGACUGUUUACCACAAUCUUUUGUGCUUCUUCUUAGUCUUAGUUGUAGGAUGCAUAAUAAAAUACGUGAAUGAGCUUCAAGUGAUUAACUCUGGAGAAUGGUUUGGGGAAAUUCCAACAAUACUUAUGGAAAAUAAAAACUGAUUGUUAAAAUAAAUGUACAUUGCUUUUUCAAUAAAAUAUAAAUGAUAUAAAACAAGCAA